AUGCAAAGAUGGUUCAGAAAACAUCGAGCUAUUGUAUUAAAUACAUAUAUACGAAGUCAUCUACUACUAAGCCGCAAUUACACCACCAGGACGACUUUCUUUAACAAAAAUCCAACCGAAUCCCUUCCUGAAAAGCUUUCCACUUAUUUUUCCAAUUUAUUGACUGAACAACACGAUAAAAUGUUGGACCAGCCUGUGCAGAAAUUAAUCAAUAAAGUACCAAACCUUGCUCGUGAUUUGAGAAAGUCCAUCGAUAUUGAAAACAAACUUUUCACCGUUCUUUCUUACGAUCCUGUUUUGAUUGAUCCACGUCUCUAUCUUCAUUUCUACGACCCAUCGGUUGGAGCUCCAGUUAAGAAGCUAAUGCUAGAAAGACUUCUCUAUCAUCAACAAUAUGCUGCAUGUUGGCAGCUAUUCAUUGGCGAUACAUUGGACGACUUGGAUGUGUUUCUAGAAACGACAGAAAGCUUUAUAAAAAAACUGGGGAACGAUUUUGCUGUAAUAGACCUUGUUAUCAGUCUACCACAGUUGGGAGAGAAUGAAUCCUAUAGGACGCUGGUGUUGGAUGCAUUGGCCCACACUUUUAAUAUAGAUGUGCGUCAAAUACUACAAACUUAUUACGAAAUUAAUGACUUACGAAACAUUAACAAUUUACUUGCAUAUUCCAAGAACGAUUUUACUUCAACUGUUUUGCGUUUGAAACAAACGAUGAGGGUCUUGUAUUAUGAAGGAACGACAUCUCGACAAGUCCAAGAAGUUUUGUUACAAAAUCCUGAUAUUAUGAUACGGCCAGGAUGGAUUAGUUCAAUAUUCCCAAAGUUUGAAUUUUGGUCAUGUAUGGUUUUUCCGGAUCUACCACGAGGGAUAACACCGUUCAUAGAUGCGGUCAAGGUAAUCUUGUCAAAAGGCGUUCGAUUAAGUGAUAUGGACACGCUAUACAUGCUCCACUCCAAUGCCUCCCCCUUUUCUAUUUUUCUGGUUUAUAAAUUAUCCAUUAUGCAAAAACUGAUUUUAAAUUAUUUGGUGAGACUUUUAGUGGAGAGUUCCAAUCAUGAAGAACUAAAGGCUGCUUAUUUGGUCACUCGAAAACAACUUGAACUACCAGUUAUAAUUGACUGUGUCAACAAGUUGCUAGAAAAUGAAAUUUCUGUGUUGCCAUUGAUCAAACACUUUGAAAAGUCAAAAAGAGAAAAGAUAGUCAUGGGGCUCAAGUACCACAAUGCGUCAAACUUCAUGGAAUUAAUAGUCUACUUCAACAACAAUCAGAAGAUUGCACGAUACCUAAUAACGACAUUCACGAAUACAUCACACGCAAACAUCGAAAAUUUGACUCUACUAGCUACAUCUAAUAUCAACUCGAAAAGGACGUUACUAGAAAUAUUUCGCUCUACAUUACUUCGAGCAAAUACUAUUGAUCAAAACUUUAUAUCAGUUGUAUUGAACGUCAUCUUGCAGAAAACUGUCCCCGAUAAAGGUGGGUUUAAUAAGUCCUAUGAUUCCCUCAAUCAAAAGCAAAGACUGAUUAUGCACAACACAUUCCGAUCAAUUGGACAAACACUCUCACUUUUAAGCGAUACCGACUUGGCCCAUGUAAUGGAUGGAAUAUACAAUAUGUUACAUGAUGGGUCUUUCUAUUACAAGAAUGAUAAAACGGCACAGAAAUAUCUAUUCAAGUUGCUAUCGAAUGAAGUUUUCAGAUUUGUGAUGCGAAAAGAGGAACGUGUAAAGAUACUACAAGAUACUAUGGGUCAGAUGACCACUUCCACGUACUGGGUAAAGUAUUGGCUCAUCUACUCAAUGGUACUCGACGAUUUCUCCAACGCUAUCAAACUUUUGGAAUUUUACAAUAGCUCUAAACGUGAAUUGAUUCAGUUCUUUCCUGCCAUCACAUUAGGGAUAAUUCAUUCUAAACAAAUGGAAAUCAACAGUAAAGUGAAAUAUCUUGAUUACUUUCUCGAACGGGCAAAGCGGCAUCAGUAUAAAAAUGUUUUAAAGUUAAAAGCAGGAAUGGAAAUAAUUCGUCAAUUGCAAAAGGCUGCAAAAGAUGAGAAAUUGAACAACGAUUCGGUUAGAUGGCUUGCUACUAUAAGUCAAAAAAAUCGCUACAUGAGGAGGGCUAUUUACAUGAAUUCCAGAGUUAGAGAAAAAACUAACAUUCAUUAA